UCUCGCCACGCUUCGACCUGCCCUCAUCCAAAAUGGUCACCCAGGUGGGGAGGUGUGCUAGGAAGUAGAGACAAAUCGAUCGCCACGCUUCUCGUUCGCGGUUGCCAAGGUGACGCGUUUACCCGGAAGGGCCGUGGACCCGAGCCGGCUUCAGCGGCUAGGCCACGCGGUUCCGAGUCUGGCAGCCGCAGGUCCUGGCAGCUAAGAGGCAGGCACGCAGGUCCUGGCAGGAAACGGCGGCAGUACGAGAUGGAGCCGCCAGCGUCGGGGGCAGGUUCUGGAGCCGCGGGAGAGCUCGUAGCUGGGGAGGCGAGGUCUGCGUCUCGGGGGUCGCUGGGAGCCGCCAGGUGGAAGCUACUCCGGCAGGUUCUGAGGCAGAAACACUUGGAUGAUAACCUACGACAAAUAUCUGUAAGAAGAUUUGAAUCCUUUAAACUGUUUUCAGUAACAGAAAUAAAAAAGGGGAAAACAGAAGAUGAGGCUGAUACCUGGGUUCAGUAUACAAGUGUGUUUUAUCCUGAAUACAGUAUUUCUUUAAGGAAUAAUCAAGGAUCUAUAAAUGUUGAAGAUAUUUUUACCAGCUUUGACAACACAGGGAAUAUCUGUAUCUGGCCUUCUGAAGAGGUUCUGGCCUACUACUGCCUCAAGCACAAUCAGAUGUUCAGGGACCUUGCUGUGUGUGAGCUAGGGGGUGGCUUGACAUGCUUGGCUGGGCUCAUGGUUGCUAUUUCUGCAGAUGUCAAAGAAGUUCUGUUAACUGAUGGGAAUGAAAAGGCCAUCAAAAAUGUGAACGACAUCAUCAAAAGGAACCAGAAGGAAGGUGUAUUUAAGACUCAAGCAAUAUCAAGCUGCGUUUUACGAUGGGAUAAUGAGACAGAUGUCUCUCAACUGGAAGGACAUUUUGACAUUGUUAUGUGUGCUGACUGCCUGUUUCUGGACCAGUACAGAGCUAGCCUUGUUGAUGCAAUAAAGAGAUUACUCCAGCCCAAUGGGAAAGCGAUGGUAUUUGCCCCACUCCGAGGGACUACUCUAAACCAGUUUUGCAAUCUAGCUGAAAAAGCUGGUUUCUCUCUCCAAAGACAUGAAAAUUAUGAUGAACACAUUUCAAACUUCCACUCCAAGUUGAAAAAUGAAGAAUGGGACACAUAUGAAGAAGAUCUUCAUUAUCCACUUCUACUAGUUUUAAGCAAACACGGAUAAAAGACUAAACAACUCAGUGAAGGCAAACAUCAAUAUGUAUAGUCAUAUAUUUUUUCAAAAUAAUAUGAACAUGUAAUUGAUAAGAGAAACAUGUUUGGUUUGGGGAUUUUUUGAUAGGUUGCUUUUUUUGUUUGCUUUGUUUUGCUUUGUUUUUUCGUAUUGAUAAUGGAAAGUCCUAAGAUUUCUGCAUUGUAUCACCUCCAGAAUAUUGUAGGGUUUUGAGUUUCAGGUUUUACCUUUUUUAAAAUACAGUCCUCCCAGCCGACUUCAUGCUUUUUCCUAAACCAAACUGUUUUGUUUGCCUGUGAAAACUCACAUAUAUUUGUAGUAAACUCUAAUGCUUUUCUGAUUAAUUGGGAACAAAAUUCUUUUUAGUUAGAGUUUUUAUAUAGGUUUCUUUUGGGGGAGAGACUUCUAAACAAGACAUGUCAUGAUUCUUCUUUCCCCAAAAAAACUCAUUUCUUUGGAACCUCCUCGAAAUUAACUGUCUCUCUCUCUC